AUGGCCCACCUCUCAUACCCUCAGUCCUGCGGCAUCUCAGAACGUCGGCUUUGCGAUGACGAAGAAUUGAAGCAAGGAAAUCGGGAUUGGGUGCCCUUGCGUGAUGUGCUACAAGGUGAGGGUAACUACGAUCCAAAAAUACUCUUCCAUACCCGCCGAGAUACUUUUUCGUCUGCUUCUGUGCACGAACGGGUGGAUUUGAGUGAAAAACGCGAUGAUGCUGUGAUAGCAAAACGUCGCUUCAACAUAGAGAUCGCAAAACUCCAAGAGACGCGUGCUCUCUCCGCUGCGCUGCUUUGUCUGCGCCGUGAGCGCCUCGGUCAAGUCCUCCGCUGCGACGCGAGCCGAGAUGAGCAACAUCGACCAAGUCAGCAGGUCUCUACACUGUCUUCACUAAUUUCUGCGCUUCCGCCUCUUUCAUCGUUGCCACAUCACUAA